AUGAGUAACAUAGCUACUAGUCAUACUCCCAAUAACAACCCAGUCCACUCCUUUCAAGUCUCUCUCUCCCUUUGGAAUGCCAAUGGUCUACGUCAAUCAACGGUACAUGAUGUUCUCCAUCAUGUUCAGAACACUCAUGUACUGCUUGUCACUGAAACCUGGCUAACCUCUGGUUCUUUCCCUACUAACUGGUCUCAAUUCCACCUCUAUGGCUCUAAAGUACCUGGUGCAUUUAACCGUGGUUCUGGUGGCAUUACUGCCUUUGUCUCUCCUUCCUGUCCUUUCUCUGUCUCUCAACUUCCAUCUUACAAUGCACACACUUUGUCCCUUAAGGUUGGCACCCUUACGGUUCAUUGUGUGUAUCUGCCUCCACCCUUAUCCUCGGAUAAGGUGCUCUCGCUUCUUCGCUCGUUACCCGUAACCAGUGAUACCAUCCUUUGUGGUGAUUUCAAUGCUCGCUUUGGAUCUCUACUGGGUGAUACUAAUGCUAAUCCUCGUGUCUUUAGCAUUGGUACACCCACAUUCACAACUUUUCGACGUCAACAAGAGGUUCAUAGCAUCAUUGAUCUGUUUCUUACAAACAUUGGCGAGGCUGCUCUGUUACAUCCUCAACUGGUGGUUGAAUCUGAUCUGUCUCUUGGCUCUGAUCAUCGGCUGAUGGUACUUACUUUCGAGUAUGUGCCCCCUCCCGAUGAUACUCUUGGUUCUGGUAGCUCUGGUGGUUUGGCCCCUAGACGGCAAUGGAAGCUCUCGAAAUUGAGGAAAAAGCGGCCUUUGGGCUUGCUUCGUGAAUCCUUUCGAACUUCUGUUGCUCCUUUGGUUGGUUCUCUCUCUGGUUUGGUGUCUGCUCCCCCUGGUGUUUGUCCAGAUAUUGAUGCAAUCAACGAUUCUUUGAAUCAAUGUUUGUAUGAAUCUCUGGAUAGCUCAAUUGGUGUGAAAUCUGGUCGUCCUGGCCACUGGAAAAAGUACUGGACACAGGAAAUUGAGGAUGCUGCUCGUGAAAGAGAUACUAUGCGUUUUCGUUCUCUUGUACAAGCUGCUAAGCGUCGAUCGUGGAAUCAGUUUUGCUCUGAUUUGGAAAAGGAUUUUUCGAAAGCUACUGCUGCAAUCAAGCGCAUUAAAAGAAACAAGGAAUGCUCUGCAACGUACAGUCAUCCAGACGGUCCAACUGCCUCUGUCAACACAAUGGCGUCCCAUCUUGCCUCUGUCUAUGAUGGCUCCCUGUUGAAUAAUGCGUCUCGCCUUGCUGCUCCGUCCAAUUUCUCUGAUUUGCCUUAUGAUGUGUCCACCGCUGAUUUGGGUCUAUUUGAUGCUGAUACACUUGUCUCCCUCAUUAAGCGUUUGCCAAAUGGGAAAGCUCCUGGUCCUGAUCAUUUGAAAGCUGAAAUGCUGAAGGCUCUAGCAUCUGACAUUGCACCCGUAUUGUCUCUGCUCUUUACACUCUGCUCUCAGUGGUCGUAUACACCAGCCCUAUGGCGACAUGCUCAAGUCUUUUCCAUUUAG